GUUUAUCCUUCUGCUCAAACUAACCUCAGACUAGCCUCCGUGUCGUACUUCUCAUCUGUUACUCAACUUGAACUUGGACAAACUUUAAGCCCAUUGGUCAGUGUGGGUUUGGUGUGACUGGAGCUGCUGAACAUUUUGGCUCUGCUGUUUCAGAGCGGCUGAAGAACACGUCUGUCAGGAACUCAACAAAACGUCUCCUACUAUCAACAGUAGGCCCAUUUAACCCCUUCUAAUGGAAAAAGCAGGCCCGCUCUCAACUACAAUAGAGGUAGAAGUCGACUGGAGGCAGUGUGAGCGUCUUUUCCUGAACCAAGCUCACACAGUUGGACCAGGGCCAGAUGAACUAUGGUCUUGAUUGGCUGUAUAUAAUUAAAACACAGAGCCUGCUUCUGUUUUUGUGUCCAACACUCGCAGGAGUUCAGGGAGUUACGGAGCACAGUCUUUUCAAAGUUUUUUCUCAAGCUAUUUGGAAUCAACAUGGAUACAACUGGAAAGGUCAUAAAAUGUAAGGCAGCUGUCGCCUGGGAGCCCAACACACCUUUGGUCAUAGAAGAAAUCGAGGUGGCUCCUCCCCAGGUCCAUGAGGUUCGCAUUAAGAUUGUGGCCACUGCAGUGUGCCACACAGACCUGUACCACCUGUAUGAAGGAAUGCACAAAGACGGCUUUCCUGUUGUCCUUGGACAUGAGGCCGCUGGAAUUGUGGAGAGUGUGGGCGCUGAGGUCACCGAAUUCAGACCUGGUGAUAAGGUGAUCCCUGUGUUUCUCUCACAGUGCCGUGAAUGUCGUUUCUGUAAGAGUCCAAAGACAAACCAGUGUGUAAAAGCCUGGAGUGAAAUGCGCAUGGAAGUUAUGUGUCCAGUAGACUCCGGGUUCAGCUGCAAAGGGAAAAAAAUCCUGAAGUUUGGUGGCCUUGGUACUUUUACAGAGUACACUGUGGUUCGACAAAUUAACUUGGCCAAGAUCCACCCUGACGCUCCCCUGGAUAAAGUGUGUCUUAUCGGCUGUGGGAUUUGCACUGGAUACGGAUCAGCUGUGAACACAGCUAAGGUGGAGGAGGGCUCCACUUGUGCUGUGUUUGGUCUGGGAGCUGUGGGUCUUGCUGCAGUUAUGGGCUGUAAGGCGGCAGGAGCCAAGAGGAUUAUUGCUGUGGACACAAACCCUGAGAAGUUUGAGAAAGCCAAGAUUAUUGGAGCCACUGACUUUGUGAACCCCACAGACCACAGCAAACCCAUCCACGAGGUUCUGCAGGAGAUGACAGAUGGAGGAGUGGACUUCUCUAUAGAGUGUGUGGGGAGUGCAUCAGUCAUGCAAAGUGCUCUUCACUCCACAAUCAAGGCUUGGGGGGUGAGUGUGAUCGUGGGCUACACUUUGGUUCAAAACAUCACAGUCCAACCUGUGGACCUUAUUUCUGGGCGCACAUGGAGGGGGGCACUGUUUGGAGGGUUUAAGGGUAAGGAUGGGGUGAUGGAGAUGGUCAAAUGCUACAUGGAAAAGAAGAUGAUGGUGGAUGAGUUUAUUACACACAACAUGGAUCUGGAUAAUGUCAUGGAAGCUGUUGAACUCAUGAAGAAGUCAAAAUGUGUGCGGGCUGUCCUGAAGACCUCUCCACAGUAGAUCCAUAUUACUCACCCCUCAAAUAUAUGUGAAUCAGAUUGUACUCAAGUGACAGUGUAACACAUCACCUGUGUGAUUUCAUGGAAGUAAAGUUAAGUUAAAGCUGUACUUUGGAACUUUCUAAAUAGAGAUAGACAAGUGAAAAAUUAGAGCCAAAUAAACAACAUUUGGAGGCAAGUAGGAGGAGGCCCUCCUCCAGACCAAAUAAAGUCUGGGUUUGUGGAAGCUGACUGUAAGGAUUGUAAGUGCAAUAAAAACCUCAAAAAAAAAGAAAAAUAAAAGCCUUGUUACUGCACUGAAUUGUAUAUUGGUAAUUUCACUCAUUGAUAUUUUCAACAUCCAAAUAUGUAUGGGGCAUAGAUGAAGUAAUUAGAUGGCGAAGCUUGGUGAAGCUGAAUGUAUGGGUUUCAGCAUUCUGUAACAAUUUGAUAUAUUGAAGACCUUUCACUCUUCAAAUUAUUUAGUUUUAACUUGUACAAUUCUACAUCAUUUCAUCAUUUGGAAA